AAACCAGAUCUCAGUCCCACAAGUUGGAAGGUGUGUACGCACCCAGAAGGCGCUCCAUACUUCAGUGACAUUCAAAAUUUGGGAGCCGUCGAAAAAUGCAUUUCCCGCCUCUCUGAGCUCACUGCAUCUCACUCUAUCACCUUCCCAUCCCCACCUUCAUCUCUGUCCUUCGAACUUGUCCUUGAACUUGCAAAUGGAAAGAGUCGAAAACAAUGUCAAUAUUACUUUGUCGAUACCGAGAGGAGACUCCUCUUUUGGGUGCAUGGUUUGGUGCCAGGAAAAAUGUAUGCGAACUUGAGGGGUAUCAAGAAACAAGGCCAUAUCAAAAUGGCGCUCGAGAUGCGGUAUUGGACGCAUUGUGAACUAUACCCGCACGAGCGAAUGUUUGAUGCCGCCGUCUAUCGAGAGUUGUACGGCUUGGUCAUUCAUGCUAAUGCUAAAUCAAUUACUUCCGAUACGUCUCUCGCACCGUUCGAGAGCACAGAACUGUCUAAAAUGAUGGACAUUGUACGCGUUCUUCAAGAUUUGUUCUCGUAUUCAGCUGGACAAGUCAACGACCCUAUCAUGUGUGCAGUAGUUCGAUUCAGGUGUAUAUUCUGUGCGACCGUUUUCUGCUUACAGCAUUCUCAUACCUUACCCCUUGCGAUUAAUGCAUCGACAAUCUCCCGACGAUACACUCACAGCUCGAAUCCACUUUUUGAACUUCCACGGCCAACCCUGUGCCCGCGGAGAAUGUGGAAGAGGUGGCAAAAGUACGUGAAUGAAAUAACAGAUACAGUGAUCGGUGCGGAUCAUAUGGCAAUCAUGUUCAGUGUCCCAUUUGGGUUAUUGAUAUGGGGGUGCGUAUUCACCUAUCUGUAUCUGUCCACCUCCAUUUCAUUCCUUGCACUUUUUCUUGUUGGCGAUUCUGACUAACAAUUCGGUUGUAACGCGACAAAAUAGC